CAGAUUUCAUACAAAUGCCUUUUUUUACUGUGUUCCAGCAUGGCUUCUUUGAUGAUGAAGCAGACGAUCUUCCAAAGAUGCACAUUCAGGUGACGAAGGAAAGAGAACAGAAGCCAAGUGCUCCCAGGAAGCCACAUGUAGACAAGUCAGCUGAGGAAAAGAAGGACGAUGAAACAGUUACAAAAGACCCAUGUGCUGGAGUGUGGUGCCAGCUGGGACGGGCAUGUAAAGUGAACGCAGAUGGCUUUGGGAAGUGCGAAUGUGGAGACGAAAAGCUUUGUCUUGGUCACCAUAAAAAAGUCUGUGGCACCAACAGGGUAUGGUACCCGAGUCACUGCGAGUUGCACCGCCAGGCCUGUGUGUUGAGACAACACAUCAGGAUUGACCACACAGAAAUGGGAUGUGUGGAACAAGAAUCGAGGAAGAAGGAGGCAUCAAAAAAAGAGAGUGUUGACAAAAAAAGCAACAAAGAAGAAAGCACCAAGAAAGAUGUACCUAAACCAAGUGAGAUUAAAAUGGCUAACAAAAAGUCUGUGAAGAAAGAUCUAGAAUUUCAAAAGCCUAAUGAAGUACACAUAGAAUCACAUACAGUUGAUCUUCAUUCUGUGGAGGAAGAAAAGACAUCUGAUCACCAUCGACAUAACAAGCACCAUUCCAAAAAAGAGGACACAAAGUCUAAGAAAAAGGAAAAGAAGGAGGAGAAAAACAAUAAGGACUCUGUAGAAAAAGUCCAUCACGACAGCCCCAAAGAUCAGCCCUCACUUUCGUUGAAAAUGAACAAGAUGCUGAAAGAGCAGAAAAUGGAAAAAGCUCAAGCGAAAGACUUUGCUGUAGUCUAUGCUUUUCAUUUGAGCAACAGACAAGAAGUUUGCAUACAGAGAAACAUUCCCACAGUCCAUUUGGACGAGGACAUGAAGACGUUCACAUAUCAGGCAUCUGUUGGGGACAAGAAUGGACUACAGCUGAAGUGUGGUAUCCAGGGUGCCAGGGAUAUCAUAUGGAAGAGAAAUGGUGUGGAUCUAAAGAAAUCUACUAUAGAAGAUGUUGAGGUUCUCCAGGACCACAGCCUGUAUAUAGGGGCAGUGGGUCUCCACCACAUGGGCAACUAUAGCUGUCUGGACUGGACAUAUAAGGGGAUUGUACAGACACAUGUCCUUAAGGUCCAAGCUGCUCCAGAGGUACAGGUGACACCAUCUACACAGUACUACAGAGCAGGCUCCUCCAUUAGUAUUAAGUGUCACGCUGAUGGUAUCCCAUCACCUGUCCUCUCCUGGGAGGUUAACGAGACGCCAAUUAUACUGGAUCCAGAACACAAACAUUAUGCUACAUUUUAUAAUAACCAAACCCUACAAAUCAGCAAGGCAGAUGCCACCAAGGACACAGGAGCCUACAAGUGUCUGGCCAAGAACUCUGCUGGACAGGGACAAGACAUAGCCACCAUUUUUGUAGGAAACUCUGAUGAACAUUCUUACAGAGGUAACCAUCAUUAUGAAGUGUUUGUGGUGUUCCACAGUGAGGGCUACCAUGUCUUCCACCCAGACUCCUGCUCUCUGGUCCACCUUAUCAAGGGAGACUACAAGGAGUUCAAGAAGGACGCCAUGAACACAGCCACGGUGCCAGAGACCCUGUGCCAGCUGGGCGUCCCCUGCACCUGGGGAGCAGCAGUUAAUGUGAAGAAUCGAUAUGUUUAUGCCAGCCAGCCUGAGCUGAACAGAGUGGUGGUGAUUGACAUUAAGGGUGGAUCCAAUCCAGUGCAGGUCAUCCCCACAGACUUCACCCCUGUGGAACUCCAGUAUGUGGAACACCUGGAUGAGGUGUGGGUGCUGUGCUGGAACUCCAAGGAGAACACCAGUUCCAAGACAGUGGUGGUCAUCAGGAAGGCCAGCGAGGAGGAUCCACACCAUGCAGUACACACCCGGCCAGUGGGUGACCGGUUUGACCUGGUUCAGAACAUCUUCUUGCCCACAAAGAAUGACUUCAACCAUCACUUUGACUAUGGUUAUGUGGUUCACAAUGAACAGCAGGGUCUACAUAAGAUUCACCUGAAGACCAUGAAAUAUGUCAAGACUGUUGACUUCACAAAAUACUCUUGUGUUCCCCAGAACCUGGCUUUUGUUCCUCUAGGUGGCUACGUAGUUGUAGACUGCAGAUCCCCUGCUGGGAAACCCCCUCAGGAGAAACAGCUCCUCAUGGACUACAUUACCGAUGCUGUCAUUAAUGAGAGAGAUGUCAUUGGACAGCCAUACGUGUCACCAGACAGUAGAUACAUUGUUAGUGUUGACAACAAGGAGCAGUCCGUGACUAUACAGAGAGUCAGUGAUGAGGGCCAAAUCACCUAUGGGUUUAAGAGGUUCACUGGGAUGAGGCUAAGUGAUGUGGCUUUCUACCCGUCACUUGAUGGCAAAGGCUAUGACAUGUUUGCCACAUCUAAAGACCAUGCAGACAUGUUGUUCUUGGACCUUGAAGGCCUGAGGAUGGAAGUUAUAGAAGGUAUUGGAGAAACUGCUGCAGAGGAUAAGUUUAAGUGGGGCACCAAGAACAGAGUGAUCACCAGCGGCGGAGUGUUUGGGGAUUACUUGAUGUCUCCCUCUACAAAAGCAGCAGUGAUUAUUGAUGGUCGAAACCACCAUGUGCACUGUGAGUGGCCUAAUAUCAAGGACAGUGCUGUGGUGGUGUGGGUGGAGCCAAUGCAUUUGUGAAGCAGAGGACACUCUUGAAGCAGACAACACUUGUCCUGCUGACACUUGGAAGACAGAUUCUGAGAAAUUUCUAGAAAAAAGGGUGUAAAUUCUCUGAAAGGAAAGCCAAUGCUAUCAAAAGAGAGGACUAUUCCAGAAUUUUUCUCUUGACAGAGUGUAGAUAGAGAUGCCUUUUAAUGGUCACAAAUGAUCUUCAUCAGACAUUCGUGUGUUAAUGUCUCUAAUAUUGAUGUAAUAUAUAACAAGUAUGUAUCAGCACUGAGCAAGACUAACAAAAGUACCUUCCUUUUCAUGGGCUUAGUGACCCUAAUACUAAGCCAUCACAC